AUGAUUGAACCAAAGAAAUUGCUAGAAGUGCAACUUGAUUUAGAACAUAAGAAACCUCAAAUAUAGAUCUAUGAUGAAAACUUGGAUAAUGUAUUGAAUGAUAACAAAUAAGCUUUUGUUAUUGGGAUACUCGGCCGGUAAUAGAUAGGCAAAAGUACCUUCUUGAGAUCUUGUUUUGAUGUGAAAUUUAAAUCUAGUUCUGCUGAAUCACAGGGUAAACAAACAACUGUAGGUUAAGAUAUUGCGGUAAGGAAAGCGGAUUAGUAUGAUUUAGUUUUAAUUGAUGCUGAAGGUUUUGGGAGCUCAGAAAGCAAAGAAAAAUAUAAAAAUCAAAUCUUUUGGACAUCAGACUAAAAAAAAAAAAGAAAGAUAGCUCGAAAUCUCUCUAAAUUUUCAUUAGCUUUAUAGUCAGUAUUUCUACUAGAUAUCUGCGAUAUUCUUUUUGUUGUCAAUGAGUACAAUCAUGAUUGGGAAGAUUUUGAAGAAUUUAUUGACAACUAUUAAAAGUUCAACAACUAAGAAAUAUCUCUUCCUCAAAUAAUUUACUUGAUAAAAGGAGCUGAUACAAAAAACAAGUAAUAAUUGGCGGUAACUAAUCUUUAAUAAGCAUUUGCUAAUGAGAAUACUGAAGGAAAUGACCCAUAAAAUUUUGAUAAUAAAAAUAACAAUAGAAUUACUGACAUUAAAUACCACUUUUUGCCGAGUUACUCUGGAGAUGAUUCUGUUUAUAAGCAAAAAAAUGAUCUUAUUCUAAGUUUCAUCGAAGACACCAUAAAAAAUUAAUGA